UUGGUAUAAUUUGAUGCGAAGAAGCGUUCUUCAUCAUCUUGGUUUAGGUAUUUUAUGAGGUAAUUUUCCUGAUUCAUGUAGCGUAAUACUAUGAAACGGAUUAGGGGACUCACCAACGUUAUCAAUGGCAACCACGGGCUAACUUAAAAGGACGGAUAUGAAUAGAACUUGUACGACUGUUACGUUAUUUUUUAAAUAUAUCACAGGACACCAUUGUCCACACAUCCUACAAAUAGGAUGCUUGAAGAUGAAUACCUCUAGUUAUACACAGGCUAUAGGAUCAUACAGUAUUGUUCCUGUGAUAAAAGAAGCGUUGAAAAUGCGCGUCACUGCAGUAUUAUUGGUUCUUAUCAAGUUGUGUGUUGCUCAAGAUGAUGAGUGCGGUGUUGUGCCAAUGACCCAGUGGGUGGGCCAGGCUAGCUUGCGCACGGACCUACUGCACAACCCCGUAGACCUGGUGAUCAUCCAGCACAGCGUUUACGGCGCAUGCACCACCGACGAGGACUGCGAGAAGGCCGUGAGAGGAACCCGCGAAUAUCAUAUUACCAAAAAAGGGUUCACUGAUAUAGGAACAUCGUUUCUUGUCGGCGGCAACGGCAAGGUGUACGAGGGCGCAGGUUGGUCGCUGAUCGGCGCCCACACCAGACAUUAUAACAACCUUUCUAUUGGAAUAUCCUUCCUUGGCGACUUCAGGAAGACCUUACCGACUUCAGAAGCCCUGCAAGCAACAAAGGACCUCAUCUCCUGCGGCGUAUCGCACAAUUUUCUAGCGCAAACUUAUCGUCUUAUAGGCCAUAAGCAAGUCGUACAAACUGAGAGCCCGGGCACGGAGCUACAGAGAGAGAUAGAGACUUGGUCUCACUGGGUUGACAAUGUAUAGUGAAGAAACAAAAUACAUCAUACAAUAUUUCAAAGA